GAUAGAUCUACAUUGCUCAGCUAUCUUGCCAACAUCCUUCGAGACAGAUUUCAGCAGCAGGGCUUCCUAUCUGAUCUGGAUGAGUUACAUCUUGCACUGGCCCUUUGUUCACCUGGCAAUUCUUUUCAAUCGGAGUCCCUGAACCUUGCUAUGAGCCUGCAAACCAGAUUCGAGCAACGGGGCAACCUGCCUGACCUGGAUGAGACCAUCGAGCUCUGUCGGGCUGCACUCUUUCUUUGUCCC